CAGCACCAUCAGCUAUGAGAGUGGUAAUAAUAUUGUCAGUGGUCGCGGCCAUUGCUGCCGAAGCACCUUACCACCUCCCACAACCAGGUCCCCAAGCGCCAUCUUUUAAUUUACCGGCGCCACAACCUGCACCCGUCUUCGCAAGGCCACAACCCCAACCGGCCCCGCAAUUCAUUCAACAAGCACAGUCAAACAAUGGCUACAAUUAUCAGCAACCGAACAUAGGACCGGCUUUCGUUCAACAGCAGCCCGCGCCAAGACCAGUAUUUGUGCAACAACCUCAAGUAUUACCCCAACCAGCUCCUCAACCCAUUUUCAUCUCGCAACCUCGGCCACAACCCCAGCCACUUCCACAACCCCAAACAUCGUACGGAGUCCCACAAUUACCGCAAAUCUAUAACCCACCUCAGCAAGUUUACCAUCAACCACAACCACUCCCAAUCGUACAACAGCCACAAAUCUCUUACCCACAGCCUCUCCCAAGCUACCAACAACCAAUCUCUUAUCCACAACAUUCAUACCAACAACCUCAACCACUUCCAUCCUACAGCUACCAGCAGCCAGCACCACAGCCAAUUCGUCCUUUGCCUCAACCUCUCCCAAUUAUCUCCCAACCUCAGCCGCAGCAACAGCAAUCCGGUUACUCUUAUCAACAACCAUCUGCUCCCGCACCCAUUAUUCCCUUCCAGUCACAGUCCAGUCAAUCUGCUGUGUCCAGCUACCAAGCGGAUUUGAACCAAUACAACAACGCUCAAGUAUCCCAAAACAAUGGACCGGUAAACAGCUAUCAGGCUGAUCUAUCCCAGUACAACAGCCCACAGCAGCAACAAACACACAGAGAAGCUCUCGACGAACAUGUAGUUAGCCAAGUUCAGAAUAUCAUUAGGGAUAACGAACAUUCAACGGCGAGAGACAAGGGUUAUUUGUCUUUGGUAUCAGGAGUGAGUCUAGGAAAUGCUCAGCCUAGCAUAGAAAUCUCAUCCUUUGUACAAAACUCUCGUUUACCAACUUCCUCCAUAUCUAGUCAGAGUUCAUCAUCGCAGCUCAUUUCAUCGCCAUCAGGCCCCUCAGCCCCCUCAUCUGAUUAUGGAGUGCCAUCAGUAAGUCAAUCGAGCAGCUCUGGAAGUAGUUUUGCAUUUUUACCACAAAACAAACCAGCUACUUCUUACGGAGUACCUAACUAAUAAGUUAGCUAUUAAGAUAUUGUAAAUAAAAGACUCUGACCAGUUGUUAUUAAAGUAUUUUUGUAUAUUA